AGUAAAACAUGACCAUUUAUGGAUUAAUGAUGUUCAAGUUCCGGAUGAACAUUUGAUUGUGAUUGGCCGCGUUCAACAGGGGGGCGACCCCUGACGGAUGGAAAGAAUCAACAAAAUUUUUCUUCAAAGUAAAAAUGGCUGACAACAAUAAUAACAACCUGGAAGAAAAAGAAGCAGAAAGCGGUGAAAAUAGUGGAAAAGGAGUCGGUUUUCUUUAUCGAACGAUGGUUGAAAGAGAUCCCAGCAAAAGAAGAGUCAAACCUGUAGAAAAACAUCUGCAGUUGUUAGACUUUGCUGAUCUUGAUGACAGUUCUGACGACAGUGACUUCAAAAUUGGAGAUCACGAACAAGAAUCUGACAAUGAUGAUUCUGGUGAGAGUUCUGCAGGAAAUGAAGAAGCAAGUGAAGAAGAAGAAGAAUCAAAACCUGCAGAAGUCAUUCCAGAACCACCUCCAGAAAAUGUUGAAACUACUGCUAAAGCAUUGAAAGUAUCGGUUGGAGAAUUAAUUGAGAGAGCAAUGCAAAGACAAAGUCAGGCAAGACAACGGAUAUCAACGGAUGGAUCCGCUAAAAAAUUAAAAGUGCUGAUAUGCAGUGUAUGCUUAGGAGACAUUAGUGAAGAAGAUGAUGAAAUUGUUGAAUGUGAUUGUUGUGGAGUUUCUGUUCAUGAAGGUUGCUAUGGAAUUAGUGACACAGAUACUGUUGUUAGUACUGUGUCUUCAAGUUCUACAGAGCCAUGGUUCUGUGAUGCAUGUAAAGCAGGCAAUACUAAUCCUACUUGUGAACUUUGUCCCAAUCCAUCUGGAAUUUUCAAAGAAACAGAUGUUGGCAAAUGGGUUCAUCUAGUAUGUGCACUUUACAUUCCUGGAGUUGCAUUUGGUGAUGUUGACAAAUUAACUCCAGUAACAUUGUUUGAAAUGCCAUAUUCACGAUGGGGUGCAAAGCCAUGUGCACUUUGUGAAGAUGAACGAUUUGCCAGAACGGGAGUCUGCAUCAGUUGUGAUGCCGGAAUGUGUCGAAACUAUUUUCAUGUAACUUGUGCCCAGAGAGAAGGACUUCUGUCAGAGGCUUCUACUGAAGAGGAUAUUGCUGAUCCAUUUUUUGCAUAUUGUAAACUUCAUGCUGAUAAGAAUAUAAUUAGAAGCAAAAGACGCAAUUGGUUAGCUCUUCAGUCACAGGCAAAAGAAAGGAAAUUAGUAGAUAGAAAUCAGACAGAAGAAAAAGCCCGUAUUGAAAGAAAAUUAGCUUGGCACAGAGAAAAAUACCUUGCUGCCAAAGUACAAAAAGCACAACCUUGGGUUCCAACACAGAAGAUGCCAAGAUUAUUGACAACAAGUCCAUCUGCAUGUCGUAAGCUUUUGAAGAAAGCUGAAUUACUAGGAAUGAGUACACAAACCCACAUUACUAGUUCUGAGAGUAUGAUGGAUGUAAGACGUAAAUGGCAUGUACCACCUGCCUUUAGUGUGGAAUUUGUUAGUUAUUACUUAGAUCGUAAUAACCGGAUGAUAACAAUGCAAAGACGACUGGAUGAAUUAUUACAACAAAAUAGCCAACUACAAGAACAAGAACAGAGUUUGAGAGAAAAAUAUGAAAAGUUAGUCAGUGAACUUGAAGAAUUAAAAAAACAAAAUACUCAAAUGCAGGAAAGAGGAAUGGAAUAUUGGAAAAUAUUUUGUGAUCUUGGAAAUAAAAAAUAUGCUUUACCUGAAGUUUUAAAGCCAAAGCGAUGUCCUAAAUCACCCAGUCGAAGCAGUAAAAGAAGUGAAUCUACCUCAUCACUGAUAUUUGAAUGUGGAAUUUGUCAUAAAUCACAUGAUCAACAUCAACUUGCAAAAUGUGAUAGUUGUCAAUUGCAUUAUCAUCUUGCUUGUUUGGACCCUCCUCUAAGUAGAAUGCCAAAAAAGACUAAAUCUCAAGGAUGGCAAUGUAGUGAAUGUGAUAAAACUGAAGAAGACGAUCUCGACGAUGACGUCGACCCCAAUGCUCCUCGCAAAUUGCGAGACCACGUAAAAGGCCCUUUAAAAUUUGUUUCCUCUCCUAACAAAAAUUCUGAAAGACGACUUGCAUUACAAGCAGCAAUUAACAAAAAGGGACGGCCUCGGAGAAGAACUCUUCAGUCGCCCGAAUACAAGCAACUAAGUGAAGAAGAAAAAACACCAGACAUAAAUAUUAAAGAAGAGAAAAAGAUGGAAUCUGAUAAAGUAACCAUUGUUAUGAAGCGAGGCCGGAGAUCAAAAGAAGAAUUAUGUAGCAGUCGAAGAAGAGUCAGUAGACGAGCUUUAAAGAGAACCAUAUUGCAGGCUAAUUUAAGUGAAGAUGACAAAAAAAAUUCAGAUGAGCCUCAAGCAAAAAUGGGAAGAAUUUCAUCACUUCGAAAAAGUACUGAAAAAGAUCUUCGAUCUGAUUGUUUUCGUUGUAAAGAGGUGGGCGACAGUACAAAUAUUGUUAGGUGUGAUGAAUGCAAGAAAUGCUUCCAUUUCCAAUGUCUGAAUCCUCCAGUGAAGAAAAAUCCCAAACAGAGAGGCUAUACUUGGUACUGUGAGGACUGCGAUUCCGAGGAGAGCUAUGACAACCUAACAGACGAUGAAAAUGAUGAAGAUUUUACCCUACAACUGUCGGACUAAAUGGAAGAAGGAAAAACUCUUAAUCUUAAUCUUUUAUGUAAUAAAAUGAUCUUGAUCAUUAUUUGUUUUUAAAUAUUUCAUGCUAUACAAUGGCAUUAAAUUUAUAAUUGAAAAGAAUUGUUCUGUUUUCAAAAAUACUUUUUGGAGAAACUCAGCAUCAGCAUGAGUAUCAGCAUGCUGAUGCUGAUACUCAUUAUGGUUAAUUUAAACUAGAAUUAUGCUCAAUCUUUCUUCUGUUUUAACAUUUUUUAAAAUUCAUUAUAUUUACUACUUACUUUAACCGUUUUCCAAAUUUUUAUAGUAAUGUUCUUUGUGGUUUUCAAAGACAUUAUGAAAUUUUUAAUUUUUGUUUUGAUCAGUAUUGAUGUUACUGCUGUAGUUAUUCUUACAUUUUACUAAAAUGUAGCUUUAAAUUCUAUAUUAAAAUUGUAAAAUGUGUUGUAUCUCUGUCUUAUAUAUCUGUAUUACUGAAGAAAUAUACUGCCAUCAAAAACAUUUAUGUAUUUUAAAAGUUUUGUAAAUGUGUUCUUUAAAAAUUGGAUGUGUAUAUUUAUUGACUUUUGUAUUGUAUUAUUAAUUUUUUAAUGUCUUUUUAGGCUAAAAUAAUGU